AUGACAUAUAGAAAAUUAACUGUUGUACAAAAAGAUACAUCUAUUAUCAUAGCCUUAACUAGUCUUAAUCAACUUUGUACUUAUCGAACUGUUUCGAUACAUAGGAAUAAUGACAAUCGAGUACCAUUGCAACAUCCAGCUACAACACCCCAAAGAUGUAUAUAUCAACAUCGUGGUGGUGUUCAUAGUGGUAAUCAACAUAAUUAUGAAAACACAAAUAAGAGUUUUCAUCAAUUGAGUUUAGUAAAAGAAAUAACAGCUGCAGCAAUGAAAAUUCCGCCACCUAAGGCAUUAUCACAAUGUCAUAUUGUUGCAACAGCAGUAACAACAACUGAUAAUAAUACUAAACAACCAUUUAUAGUUAAUCAAACUGAUGACAAUCAAUCACAACAAAGUCGACAACAACUUAACACCACUGCAUGA